CUUGUGUUUUUAUUCCAGCGCACUUCCUUAUUUCUCACACUCUUUGAGUACAGUUCUCCGCCAGCACAGUCAAGAUGUGGUUUUCAGCAGCCACCUGGACCUUACUUGCUCUCUUUUUCACUCUUUUACUAUUGUAUAGUAUUUGGCCCUAUAGUAUUUUCAGAAAGCUGGGGAUACAAGGACCAAGGCCUCUGCCUUUUAUUGGAACAAUGCUGUACUUCAGAAAGGGACUUGUUGCCUUUGACCGUGAGUGUCAAGCCAAGUACGGAGAUGUCUGGGGGUUGUAUGAUGGACGAUCUCCAGUUUUAAUGGUGACAGACCCUGAGAUUAUCAAAAGUGUGAUGGUGAAGGAGUGCUACUCUGUGUUCACCAACCGCAGGGAUAAUAUUGCAGUGGCAGGACCUUUGGAUGAUGCAAUCACAUCAGUUAAAGAUGAAAGGUGGAAAAGAAUUCGGAGCACUUUAUCUCCAUGCUUCACCAGUGGAAGACUAAAACAGAUUUUUCCCAUUGUUGCCCGCUAUGCAGACCGACUCAUUGAGAAACUCGGACAAGAAAAUGCGAAUGAACCUGUUGAUGUCAAACAAUUUGUGGCACCGUACAGUUUGGACGCCGUGACCAGUGCGUCUUUCAGCGUUGAGGCAGACUCCAUAAUCAAUCCAGAUGACCCCCUUAUCGUUCAUCUCAAGAAGAUUAUGAACUUCAGACUUUGGCCGCUCCUCUUACUGAUGGUAUUUCCCUUUGGUUCCACUCUGAUGAAACUCCUGAAUAUUCAGUUGAUGCCCAAAGUCAGUGUGGAUUAUUUCUACAACAUCAUCAAGAAAUUUAAAGACCACCAUUGUGCCGAAAACUCUACUCGAGCGGACUUCCUGCAGGUGAUGGUUCAGAGCGAGAUACCAGAAACAGACAUAAAGAGUGAACAAGAACAGCCAAGUAAAGGUUUGACUGAACAUGAGAUACUUUCCCAGGCCUUCAUUUUCAUCUUUGGUGGCUAUGAGACAACCAGUAUCACUCUCACUUACAUCCUUUACAGUCUGGCCACCAACCCUGAUGCGUUGAAAACCUUGCAGGAAGAAAUUGAUGCCAGCCUCCCAAGAGAUGCUCCGGUUUCAUACGAGGAACUGAUCCGUCUGCAGUACCUGGACCAGGUUAUUUGUGAGUCAAUGCGAUUGAUUCCCACUGCACCUCGGCUUGAGAGGACGUGUAAAAAAACUGUCCAGAUCCACGGCGUCACCAUCCCUGAAGGAACCUCGGUUGGGAUUCCUACGCACUUGUUACACAAGGACCCACGCUUUUGGAGCUCACCCGAGCUUUUUAGACCAGAGAGGUUCGGUAAAGACAGCGGGGAGGAGGUGAACCCCUACACAUACAUGCCGUUUGGGCUCGGUCCUCGUAACUGCGUCGGGAUGCGCUACGCUCUCCUCGUCAUGAAAAUGGUUCUGGUGCGUCUCCUGCAGCGUUACACUCUGGAAACAUGCAAAGACACUGUGAUUCCUUUAGAGUUUGACUGGAAGUUCCAGCCAUCUCAGCCAGUGAAACUCAAGUUUGUUCCCAGGCAACACUAGUCCAAGCAGGAAGAUGUCCCAAUAUCUCUCACUUCUGAAUUCCUAUCAAACUCAGUGUUUUGUAGUUGUUGUUUAACAUGUAGUAGCUGCUGUCAGCAUGACAUUUAACAUUUGUGCUUCGGUGGCUAAUACUUCUGAAAGUCAUGUAUCGACAAUGCUCAUUGAACAUUUGAUUUUUCUUGCAAUAUCGAUAAAUCAAAUGUAUCUUAUUCACUUUUGCAUGAACUGUCCUGAUGUUUAGAAAGCACAUAAGCACAUAUAACUUUUCUCUUUUUAUUGCAUAGUACAUGAAUUUACAUGCUGGUUCUGAUGGACUCCUACAUAUAUUUUAAGGGAGCACACUAGAGAAUAUACAAAACCUUGUAUAAAAAUCUGCCUUUUGAGAUUUAAUAAGAAGCUGCUGAUCACUGACAGUAAUACAGACUUCACUGACGUCUGCGUCAUUGAUGAGUAUUUGUCUCCACCCAGUGGCUCGACCUGAUUCACAAGAGACAUACUGAUGCUCGACUUCACAUGAUGAACUGGACUUUACCGGUUUGAUUCAAAUUUAACCAGCUUCUAGUUUUAGUGAAGCUUUUAGUACCUAUCUCAGAUUAUAUCAAAAGUAAUAUAAAAACUGGAUGAAUACAACUAUUGCACGUUAAAAUUACUGAUUGAUAAUCACAUUUGAAUUUUGUGGCAGUUUAGCGACUACGCGUUUUUGUAAUUUGAAUAUCUGCAGAAUACGGAUGAUUUAAAAUGCCUAAAUAGCAA